GCGCGAGGGGGUUGUCGGGAUGGGGGCGGGAGCCAACAUGGAGCCCUCAGUGGGAUGAGGGUGAAAGUGCCAUUGCCGGCUACUCCUGUUUUCCCGCCCCAGCAUGCUGGUGCAUUUAUUUCGGGUCGGGAUUCGGGGUGGCCCAGUCCCAGGCAGGCCGCUACUGCCCCUCCGCUUCCAGACAUUCUCAGCUGUCAGGUACUCCGAUGGCUCCCGCAGCUUCUCCCUCCCCCGGGCCGUGGCCCACCUGCGGUCCCAGCUCUGGGCCCACCUUCGAGCCCCGCUAGCUCCCAGAUGGAGGCCCUCUGCUUGGUGCUGGGUUGGGGGAGCCCUGCUAGGCCCCGUAUUGCUGAGUAAGCGUCCCCGCCUCUGCCUUGUGGCCCUGUGUGAGGCAGAAGAGGCCCUUCCUGCCAGCUCCACACCCCGAGUCGUGGGAUCACGCUUUAACUGGAAGCUCUUCUGGCAGUUUCUGCGCCCCCACCUGCUGGUCCUGGGGGUAGCUGUCGUGCUGGCCUUGGGUGCGGCACUGGUGAACGUACAGAUCCCCCUGCUUUUGGGCCAGCUGGUAGAGAUCGUGGCCAAGUACACGAGGGACCACGUGGGGAGUUUCAUGACUGAGUCCCGGAAUCUCAGCACCCACCUGCUUAUCCUCUACGGUGUCCAGGGACUGCUGACCUUCGGUUACCUGGUGCUGCUGUCACACAUCGGCGAGCGCAUGGCGGUGGACAUGCGGAGGGCCCUCUUCAGCUCCCUGCUCCGACAAGACAUCGCCUUCUUUGACGCCAAUAAGACAGGGCAGCUGGUGAGCCGCCUGACAACUGACGUGCAGGAGUUUAAGUCAUCCUUCAAGCUUGUCAUCUCCCAGGGGCUUCGAAGCUGCACCCAGGUAGCAGGCUGCCUGGUGUCCCUGUCCAUGCUGUCUCCACGCCUCACACUGCUGCUGAUGGUGGCCACACCAGCCCUGAUGGGAGUGGGCACCCUGAUGGGCUCAGGCCUCCGAAAACUGUCUCGCCAGUGUCAGGAGCAGAUUGCCAGGGCAAUGGGCGUAGCGGAUGAGGCCCUGGGCAACGUUCGGACUGUGCGUGCCUUCGCCAUGGAGCCACGGGAAGAGGAGCGCUACGGGGCAGAACUGGAAGCCUGCCGCUCCCGGGCAGAGGAGCUGGGCCGGGGCAUCGCCUUGUUCCAAGGGCUUUCUAACAUCGCCUUCAACUGCAUGGUCUUGGGCACCCUGUUUAUUGGGGGCUCCCUUGUGGCCGGACAGCAGCUGACAGGGGGAGACCUCAUGUCCUUCCUGGUGGCCUCCCAGACAGUGCAAAGGUCCAUGGCCAACCUCUCCAUCCUGUUUGGUCAGGUGGUCCGGGGGCUGAGCGCAGGCGCCCGGGUCUUUGAGUACAUGGCCCUGAGCCCCUGCAUCCCGCUGUCUGGGGGCUGCUGCAUCCCCAAAGAGCACCUGCGUGGCACCGUCACAUUUCACAACGUCUGCUUCAGCUACCCCUGCCGCCCCGGCUUCGAGGUGCUGAAAGACUUCACCCUGACGCUGCCCCCUGGCAAGAUCGUGGCCCUCGUGGGCCAGUCUGGGGGAGGAAAGACCACCGUGGCUUCCCUGCUGGAGCGCUUCUACGACCCCACGGCAGGCGUGGUGAUGCUGGAUGGGCGGGACCUUCGCACCCUUGACCCCUCCUGGCUCCGGGGCCAGGUCAUUGGCUUCAUCAGCCAGGAGCCGGUCCUGUUUGGGACAACCAUCAUGGAGAACAUCCGCUUUGGGAAGCCGGGAGCUUCCGAUGAAGAGGUGUAUGCAGCUGCCCGGGAGGCCAAUGCCCACGAGUUCAUCACCAGCUUCCCCGAGGGCUACAACACGGUUGUCGGUGAGAGGGGCACUACCCUGUCUGGGGGCCAGAAGCAGCGCCUGGCCAUCGCCCGAGCCCUCAUCAAGCAGCCCACAGUACUGAUACUGGACGAAGCCACCAGCGCACUGGAUGCGGAGUCUGAGCGGGUUGUGCAGGAGGCCCUGGACCGGGCCAGUGCAGGCCGCACGGUGCUGGUCAUAGCUCACCGGCUCAGCACCGUCCGUGGGGCCCACCGCAUCAUCGUCAUGGCCGAUGGCUGCGUCUGGGAGGCUGGGACCCAUGAAGAGCUCCUGAAGAAGGGCGGGCUGUACGCUGAGCUUAUCCGGAGGCAGGCCCUGGACGCCCCGAAGAUGGCGGCCCCACCACCCAGGAAGCCAGAAGGCCCCGGAAGCUCCCAGUGCAAGUCCUGAGAAGAGCCCCCUGAGGUGUGGUUGCUGCCAAGCGUCGGUGCUACAGCUGGGGCUCAGCCUGGGGGGAAUGUACUAGGGACUGAGCCCCCAGGAGGGCCAGCAUGUGGAGAGUCACUGUGGCCACUCCUGCUCACAAUAAAGCCGGGGCAGGCCAAGCGGCUGGCAGGGGAGGCCCAACCCUCGCUUCCAUCCCAAGUCCUGCCGGCUGCCUCCCUCCCACCA